AUUUGAUUCAAGGCAAACUUAACUUCUACCAUCAUCAAAUCCACAUCAGAUCAUCAUAUACCAACAUGUCUGUCGUAUCACUACUCGAUGUCAAGAUCUUGAACGAUAAUGCUGCAUUCUCAGAACCAUACAUCUUUCGGGUCACAUUCGAAUGCAUUUCACCACUCAAAGAUGAUCUAGAAUGGAAGUUGGUCUACGUUGGUUCUGCACAAAGUGAAGAAUACGAUCAAGAGCUGGACAGUUGUUUGGUAGGACCUGUACCUGCAGGCGUGAAUUCGUUUGAAUUUGAAGCAGCUGCUCCUUCUAUUGAUAAAAUUCCAUCUGACGAUAUCCUUGGCGUAACGGUCAUCUUGCUUACGGGAAGUUAUGCAGAUCAAGAAUUUAUCAGAGUUGGUUAUUAUGUCAACAAUGCAUACGAUUCGGAAGAAUUACGUGAAAAUCCUCCUGAAGUUGUAGACUUUUCGAAAAUUCGAAGAGAACUUUUGGUCGAUAAACCAAGAGUUACCAGAUUCAAUAUCAAAUGGGACGAACCUGCAACCGCAAGCGAAGCCAAACCAUCCGAAUUCGAAGCCACAGGUGAGAAACAAGCAGCAGAGGCAGAUCUACGAACAGCUGGUCAACAAUCAAUCGCUGUUUCAUAGCGCAGCGCUAUCGCUUUUUCUCACUCUGUACAUCUAUCAACUUCCAUCCUUUGUUCUUCCGGAUCCUGUUUACAAUAACAGAGGCAACCUUCGCGCAUCAAUCCUUGCUACAUCUUCCUUUCAUUACACUUCAAAUCCGAUUGUAUGUAUAAAAUAUUCACAAAAUUGAAAGUCAUUCACUCAG